GUAUGCUCACUCCGGUCAGAGACAAACCUCAACCAUAGUCAUCGUCAUUCGUCACUGUCAUCAGAAACUCAAAGGCUCAAAGGUACGACGACCUCCUUCACAUUUCUCUCUUCAAUCUUUUGAUUAUUAGCUCCUCCUGGAUCGCAAAGAUCCCGACUUUAUCCCCAAAUCUCUCCUCAAUUUAGCUGAAAUUGGAACUUCGAUUCUAGGGCUUUGUUCAACCCUUCGCUGAUUAACUGGUCAGGUUUGAUGGCGAGGCAAAGGCCGAAGCAGCUGGAGCCAAACAAGAUUGGUUCUUCCAAGGUGGGUUUUGAUGGAGGAGAAGAAGAAGAAGGUUGGGUUUUUGUUAAGAAGCAGAGAGUCAUCAUUGUCUUGCCUUCUCUUCCUCUACCUGAGCCUUUCUCCGUGGAGAAGCCUCCUGGUACUUCUUCUCAAUCACAAGCUGAGCGUAGAGACUCUGUUGAUGUUGCUGAUACUCGAGAAGCUGCUCGUGUGGUGGUGGUGCCUUCUCUUUCUCUACCUGAGGAAUUUGUUUUGAAGAAGCCUGAGACUUGUCAGUCACUAGUUGAGUUGAGAGACAUUAUUGCUGCGGAUAUACAUGAGACUACUCGUCUUCACGCAGUGGUGGUGCCUUCUCUUCCUCUACCUGAGCCUUUCGUUUUGCAGAAGCCUCCUGCAACUUCUCAGUUACAAGCUGAGUUAAGAGAUGGUGUUGUGAAUAUGGAAAAAGCUACUCCUCUUCAUACAAUGGUGCCUUAUGUUCAUUUGCAGAAACCUGAAACUUCUCAAACGCAAGCCGAGUUUAGAGCAGAUAAGCAUGAAGCUUCUCUUGUUCACACAGUGGUGUCUUCUCUUCCAGUAACUGAGCAUACCACUUUGCAGAAGCCUGCAACUUCGAAAUCACAAGCUGAGUUAAGAGCGCGCAAAGCUGCUCUUGCUCACUCUGCGGUGUCUUCUCUUCCGGUAACUGAACAUAUCACUUUGCAAUCACAAGCUGAGAUAAGAGCUGAGGAGAUGCGCAAAGCUACUCUUGUUCACACUGUGGUGCCUUCUCUUCCGAUAACUGAACAUAUAACUUUGCAGAAGCCUGUAACUUCUCAGUCACAAGCUAAGAUAAUAGUGGACAAAGCUACUCUUGCUCACACAGUGAUGCCUUCUCGUUCGGUAACUGAACAUAUCACUUUGCAAAAGCCUGCAGCUUCACAAUCACAGGCUGAGUUUAGAGCCAAGGAGACGCGUAAAGCUACUCUUCUUAGCACUGUGGGGCCUAAACUUCCAGUAACAGAGCAUCGCACUUUACAGAAGCCUGUAACUUCUCAGUCACAAGCUGAGCUAAGAGCCAAGGAGACGUUCAAAGCUACUGGUGUUCAAGCAGUGGCGCCUUCUCUUCCUGUGCUUGACUAUUGCACUUUGCAGAAGGCUGCAACUUCGCAUUCACAAGAUGAGUUAAGAGCCAAGACUCGCAAAGCUACUCUUGUUCACGCAGUGGAGCCUUAUCUUCCAGUAACUGGGCAUCUCACUUUGCAGAAGCCUGCAACUUCCCAAUCACAAGCUGAGCUAAGAGCCAAGGAGACGCUCAAAGCGCCCAAAGCUACUCAAGCAGUGGUGCCUUCUCUUCCUGUGCUUGACUAUUGCACUUUGCAGAAUCCUGCAAGAGACUUUGUAUCAGAUGCUCAGGAAACAGCUGAUUUUCAAGCUGUGGACAAACCGGAGAGGGUAAUGGAUCGCAGUUACACAACCAGGAAAGCUCCAGGUCCAAGGAGAUCAUCCCAAGAUUGUAGAAUGGAUUCAGAUAGAAGGAUGGCAAACCAAAGGAGCCGUCGUACAGGUCACAACAAGCCUAUAAGGUUUCCUAGAGUGAUGUGCAGCUCUGUGGUUAUGGACAACGAGAAGCUGAGAGUGGUGAAUCUAGAGAAGAAGGUUGAGAAGGCAGGAGGGUUGAACGAAUGGGUAGGAUCUAUAGGAUUGGGGAGAGAGUUUGAGAGGAUGCUGAGAGGACAGAGGAUGAGUAAGUUUCAAAUGGCGAAUUUGACAAUGGAGAAGCUUAAGCAGAUGGGUGCUUUAGCCGUUGGACCUAGAAGAAAGCUUAUACAUGCUAUUCGUUGUGUCUAUCACCCUCAUUGUCUUCGUGCUUCCUUUAACUAAGUAUACACAUCUUGUCACAGUUUAGUCUUUCAUUGUCCAAUAAUAAAACGUUGGUAUAAGCUUGUUUGAUUAGUGAUUUUCAAUCUUAAUGGUCAAAGUUUGAUGAGUGCUUGUAAAA